CCUCUACUGGUUCUACGUAUUCUCAUGAUCAACUAGAAGCUCCACGGAUCAUAUACCAAAACCUUAUCUGUAGUAGUUACUUGAAACCUAUAAACAAUCUAAAAUUCCACCAAAAAUCCCAUUUUUUCCGAAGAUAUAUCGCAGAUCUUCCAUGGCUUCCGGGGCCUCGUCUGGAUCGAGCCAGCUGCUGAAUCCUCACUCGGAAGAGGACUUGAGUUCACUGAAGAAGCUGAAGCGUAAGAUAUCGAAUCGGGAGUCGGCGAGGCGGUCGAGAAUGCGGAAGCAGAGGCAGUUGUGUGAGCUGACGGAGGAGGUGAGCCGGCUACGGAGUGAGAAGAGCCAGCUGAUUUCAAGCUUGGGCGUCGCAAAGCAACUGUGCGCAGCAGUGGAGACGGAGAACUCUGUGUUGAGAGCACAGGUGAUGGAGCUCGGCCGCAGGCUGCAGGCUCUUGCCAGCAUACUCAGCUACGCCGGCGGUCGCUGCCACAUGCUCUACCAUUGAAGCGAUCAGAGCAGAGGAUGAAGAGAAGUCAUUCGUAUGUGUGAUUUGUGCUCGUGGUUGUGUGGUUAAUGUACUGUGUCUGUUAUGUGUAGCCAUGGCUGGAAGAUGUGCUUGCUUGUGUAUCA